GAUCCACUUUCCUCUCUUCGUUCUCCAAACCUGCUUGCUUCAAAGAUUGUUUGAAUCUGCUUCAAGCAACCUUGGCUCGCCUUCCGCCCUCUCAUGUUUGGUUUACGGGGUCAGCGGACUUCAGGAACAUACGAGCCCCUUCUGCAACAAGAGAAUGGCUCCGACGACAGCACCCUCUUUCAGCUGGAUUCUGAUGAAGAGCGGGACCCGGGCUCGGAGGACAUACACGAACCGGCUGCCCGGCUCGAGGACGAUGCCUGCGUCAUACCACCGUCCCUUCGCUCCAUGACUUCCAGUCGGGAAACAGGUGCCGUCCCGGUUAGACGUUCAUUCGUUGGUCACCCACGCCGAACAGAAUUCGAGCAAGACACGGAUGAGAUUGACGAGGAUGAGCUGCCAUCUAGGCCGGCGGGCCGUUCGAUGCCUCUCAUCGUGGGGCUGUUCGACUCGACUCGCUCCCGUGGUCCGGUUGACGUGUCCGUUCCGCUGCUGGCACAGAAUGGCGAGAUGCUGCCGUCGUCGGUGGAGACCGAAGACCUGGAGGAGCUGGCUGCGAAGCGUUUGGCCGGUGGUGGACUGCUCGAUUCAAUAGCCAAUAUGGCCAACUCGAUCCUUGGUGCCGGAAUCAUUGGUCUCCCAUAUGCUGUCAGCCAAGCCGGAUUCUUCACGGGCUUGUUUCUGUUGGUCGUGCUGUGCGGAGUGACAGACUGGACUAUCCGGCUAAUCGUCGUCAAUGCGAAAAUGAGCGGCACUCACUCGUACAUCGACAUUAUGACCCACUGCUUCGGCUCCAGUGGUCGCGCAGCGGUCUCCUUCUUCCAGUUCGCUUUCGCAUUCGGCGGAAUGUGUGCGUUCGGGAUCAUCAUAGGCGACACGAUACCACACGUCAUUCGUUCGAUAUUCCCUGAACUGUACUCGGUACCCGUUUUGAAUCUCUUCGUCAAUCGCAACUUUAUCAUUUCCUUGUGCACCAUUGGCGUGUCCUAUCCCCUUUCACUCUACCGCGACAUACAUAAACUGUCCAGAGCUUCGGGGCUGGCAUUGAUCGGGAUGGUGAUCAUCGUUGCGUCGGUCAUGAUCGAAAGUCCGAACGUCACACCUGAAUUGCGAGGAGACCCUGCGAAACGGUUCUCGAUUAUCGAGCCAGGUAUCUUCCAGGCUAUCGGGGUUAUCAGCUUUGCAUUUGUCUGCCAUCACAAUUCUCUUCUCAUCUACGGGAGCUUGCAGACCCCCACCCUCGAUCGUUUCUACCUUGUCACCCACGUUUCGACGCUACUGUCUCUUGUGGCAUGCUGCACGUUGGCCAUAUCGGGCUACAUUGUCUUCACAGACAAAACCCAGGGAAAUAUCCUGAACAACUUUGCCCGAGACGACACGCUCAUCAACGUUGCACGCUUCUGCUUCGGCCUCAACAUGUUCACGACGCUGCCGCUUGAGCUGUUCGUGUGCCGAGAGGUGAUUCUCCUUUCCUCUCUGAACCGGCUUGUUGCUAAUAUUCCUCAGGUUAUCGAGCAGUACUUUUUCUCGCACGAGAGUUUCAACAUGCAAAGGCAUAUAUUCUUCACGACGACAAUCCUGUUUUCCUCGAUGCUGCUUUCCCUGAUCACAUGCGAUCUGGGUGUCAUGCUUGAGAUCACGGGCGGAGUCUCUGCCACUGCCCUGGCGUUUAUAUUCCCUGCCAGCUGCUAUCUCAAGCUGACCGAGAGCAGAUCGCCGUGGUACAGCCGGUCGAAACUGCCCGCUGUCGUCUGUGCUGUGUUCGGUGUCGUUGUUAUGCUGAUCUCGCUCUAUCUCGCACUCGGAAAAACAUGGACUACAGAAGGUAGCGCUAAAAUCUGUAUCUAGAUAACCACUUGUAUUAAUGCGCAAUUGCUUUGCUUAACCCGGGGAUGGCGUCAAGCUGCUCAAUCCG